UCGUCCAUCAAAAUGACAUACUGUGCAUUAAACCAAUGAGGAUCUCCAGCAUUCGAAUGAGACUUCCGCCCCCCUCUGCUAUCUAGCUACUUUUUGACGUUUUUUUGUUGUUGAUUGAUUGAAACAGAUGCCAAUGUUGCCAUAGCUUGCUUCACCGAAUUGGGACGAUACCGUCUUAGGCAUGCCACUGGCUCGCAGCCUGUCCAUCACCUCCCUGUCGGGGUUGGAGGAGUGGGAUGAGGAGUUUGACCUGGAGGAUGCCGUCCUCUUCGAGAUCGCAUGGGAGGUGGCCAACAAAGUUGGUGGGAUUUACACAGUGAUCCAGACCAAAGCCCGUCUGACGGUGGAGGAAUGGGGAGAAAACUAUUUCCUGGUUGGUCCGUAUGUGGAGAGUAACGUCCGCACCCAGGUAGAGCUGAUCGAGCCCACCAACCCUGCCCUCAAGAGAGCCAUAGACAAGAUGAAUUCCAGCGGAUGUAAGGUGUACUUUGGUCGUUGGCUGAUUGAGGGGAGUCCGUACGUGGUGCUGAUAGAUGUGGCGUUCACUGCCUGGAACCUGGACAAUUGGAAGAAAGAAUUGUGGAACAACUUCUCCAUCGGGGUGCCCUGGUUCGACCGUGAGGCCAACGACGCCGUCCUCUUUGGCUUCUUGACCGCCUGGUUACUAGGAGAGUAUGCAGCGCAGUGUGAGGAGCCUCCCCAUAUCCUGGCCCAUUUCCAUGAGUGGCUGGCAGGCCUUGGCCUGGCGCUAUGCCGACAGAGACAGUUGCCCGUGGCAACCAUCUUCACCACCCACGCCACCCUGCUGGGACGCUACCUAUGUGCCGGCAGCGUGGACUUCUACAACAACCUCGCCGGUUUCAACUUGGAUAAGGAGGCGGGGGAUAGACAGAUCUACCAUCGGUAUUGUCUGGAGCGGACAGCGGCGCGCUGCGCUCAUGUCUUCACCACCGUCUCCCAGAUCACAGCCGUUGAGGCAGAGCACCUGCUCAAGAGGAAACCAGACAUAAUCACCCCUAAUGGGCUGAACGUGAAGAAGUUCUCUGCCAUGCAUGAGUUCCAGAACCUGCACGCCCAGAGCAAGAACCGGAUCCAGGAGUUCAUCAGAGGUCACUUCUAUGGGCACCUGGACUUUAACCUGGACAAGUGUCUGUUCCUGUUCAUCGCUGGGAGGUAUGAGUUCAGCAACAAAGGGGCUGAUAUCUUCUUGGAGGCUUUGGCCAGACUCAACUAUCUACUGAGAGUCAACCACAGCGAUGUGACUGUCGUUGCGUUCUUCAUCAUGCCUGCGCGGACAAACAACUUCAACGUGGAGACACUGAAAGGCCAAGCAGUCAGGAAGCAGCUCUGGGAUACAGCUCAUACAGUGAAAGAACGCUUCGGAAAGAAACUUUAUGAAUCACUGCUGGUUGGGCAGUUGCCGGAUGUGUCCAAGAUGCUGGACAAGGAUGACUUCACCAUGAUGAAGCGUGCCAUCUUUGCCACCCAGAGGCAGUGCCAGCCUCCCAUCUGUACCCACAACAUGCUGGAGGACAGCAACGACCCCAUCCUCACUUGCAUUCGCCGCAUUGGUCUGUUCAACAGCUCUGCCGACCGCGUCAAGGUGAUCUUCCACCCAGAGUUCCUCUCCUCCACCUCUCUCCUGCCGAUGGAUUAUGAAGAGUUUGUAAGAGGCUGCCAUCUUGGAGUGUUCCCCUCUUACUACGAACCAUGGGGAUAUACACCAGCUGAGUGUACAGUCAUGGGGAUCCCCUCGAUCUCUACCAACCUUUCUGGGUUCGGCUGCUUCAUGGAAGAACACAUAGCUGACCCCUCAGCAUACGGAAUCUACAUCCUUGAUCGACGGUACAGAGGGGUUGAUGAGUCGUGUAAUCAGCUCACAUCGUACCUGUUCCAGUUUUGCCAGCAGAGCCGGCGUGCCAGGAUCAUCCAGCGGAACCGCACCGAGCGCCUGAGUGACCUUCUGGACUGGAGAUAUCUGGGCAGGUAUUAUAUAUCAGCUCGUCACAUGGCCCUGGCUAAAGCCUUCCCGGAUACCUACUUCUACCAACCUCAUGACUCUGAGACUGCCCAAGGUUUCCGUUACCCUAGACCAGCCUCUGUGCCCCCAUCUCCGUCUCUGUCGCGCCACUCCUCCCCCCGCCACAGCGAGGCAGAAGAAGAGGAUGACCGCUAUGAUGAAGAUGCGGAGGCAGAGAAAGACCGCUUGAACAUCCGCCAGCCCUUCACCCUGCCUAGUAAAAAGGGUCCAGCCUUGCCUUACACCCUCCCAGGUGUCAAUGGAGAGAAAAACGGAGCCACCAGUGUGAAAAACUGAGUCUCUCUCUCACAUACACACACAAACGUACACAUGCCGACACUCACUACAAGAACUGUUACACAACAUACAUGUUACAAACACACCACUCUUAUCUUGACUGUCUCCACUUACAUAAUAUAGAUCCGACAACUGCUGAAGAGAUGAGCUAUUACAGUAUUCCAGUAUAUGUUAUUAAUCCAGCACCCCGAAGGUCUUCCAAACCUCCGUGCACCUCAGCCUGUGUGAGCAACCUGUACUGAAAUGGAGGAAGAGAGGGAAAGGAAAUAGAUGGCUAACGGGGCGACAUUUCCUUGAGUUAAAAAGCCCAGCAUUGAGAUAACAAAGUGGGGUAACUUUGAGUAUAUAGGACGGUUACCUCUGGUCAAUAAUCUAGGUUACCUCUGGUCAAUAAUCUAGGUUACCUCUGGUCAAUAAUCUAGGUUACCUCUGGUCCACAGGAGGCUGCUGAGGGGAGGAACAGAUGGAAUAAUGGCUGAAACCAUGUGUUUGAUGCAUUUUAAUACCAUUCCAGGUAUUCUGCUCCAGCAUUUACCACGAGCCCUUCCUUCCCAAUUAAGGUGCCACCAACCUCCUGUGCGCUGGUCCUUAAAUCUAGGAAUUUAUUAAAUCCAGCCAACAUUGCUAGUGUAGACUAACAUUAGUUGUAACUAAGGCUAAGAUAAUCAUAUGAUAACCAGUGGAUAAAGAAAGUAGGGCUAAUUAGUCUUGCUAACAAGGGCAAAGGCAUUGACCCACUAUGUCAUAGUCACACAACCAACCCAACAGCAGCACUUUUCCUGUCGCGCUGUAGCAGGAACAGAAACCUGUUUAAACAGCAGCAGCACUUUUCCUGUCGCACUGUAGCAGGAACAGAAACCUGUUUAAACAGCAGCAGCACUUUUCCUGUCGCGCUGUAGCAGUAAUAUAAACCCAAACACCAGCAGCACUUCCCUGUGCUAGGAAACAGAUAAGCGACACUUAGAGCUGGGCCCAUAGAGUGAGACUAGAUGUUAAAUAACCCGUUUUAUUUGCAUGGACAAUGCCAUUGAUGGCUUCCACCACAGAUACAAAGAUGAGUCCUCUAUCUAACUCUAUGGCUGAGCCUCAGAACGUCCUGCUGAAAAGCCUCCUGCUGAAACAGGCUCCCAUUCGUUCAGAGAUUCAGACCUUUCUGUGGGUGUGUUUGUCUCUGAGCGUUGUACUGUACUUGAACCGGCAAGCCUGUGUGUAAAAACUGUCGAUAGGUCACCUUUUAACCUUUCAGUCAGUGAGCCAGUGUUUGAGUGUUUUUCUUUGUGUGUGUGUGUGGGCAGUAUGUAUGUUUGUGACGUAUAGAGAUGGAACACUGAUUCUGCCUGCACUCUUUGAGGUUUAGGUAAAAGGUGGGCGUCCGUCCUGAGAAGCUAGUCGUGUUUUUAGAUGACAGACUGUAUUAGAGGAGCAAAGGGAAAGGGUCACAGAUAAUGGCGGGGGUCACAGUUUUGGGUGUAUCCCAUUCCCAGCUGUGCACAGCCAGAAAACAGGAGAUGAGUUGAUCCAGAGCCCACACUGCCUGUGUCAGUUUGUUUGUGUUACAAUCACACACCAGAUGAUGAGAAAAUAAAGUAUAUUCUCUGUAUUAAUGAUGAAA